AUGGCCUCAUCGUCAGAUCUAUCUCAGAAGCUGGACACCAUCUUAGCCAAGCUCAACCAACUCGAACAAGGCCAAGCAAGCCUCAGACAGAAUGAUGCUGUACUCGGGACCACCGUGGAAGCCAUAAACGGUCGCGUCAAUGCUCUAGCUGGUGUCAAGUUGGCUCAGGACGGCACGGCUCACGAUGCAUCUUUGCCCAGCCCCAAAUUGCCCCCAAAUGCUCACCAUCAGCGGGACGGCAUUCCCUCCAUCGAUGAGACUGCAAAUGAAUCCAGCGAAAACACAGAGUCCGCAACCCCACCUGCAAGACGACCAAGUGCUACAACAUCCAAGAUCAUCCUUACUUCGUACCCUGGACAAGCGGGUGUAGAUCCUCUACCGAUGGAGUGGGGUGCCAAAGACCCUCGCAAACGUGGUCCAGUUGUGGUAUCUCGUAAUCCUAGCACCAUUCGGAGAAGAAAUGCUGUCGGCGCGCAUGGCGGAUCAUACAGCAUUUACUAUGCGCUUGCGGUAGCUGCGAAGCAGAUUGACACAGAUCACAAGCCGGACUUCACUAACACUGAGCCUGCGGUUACUCUCGGUCCUUUCCCGUCGUGGCACGACCCCAAGAAGAUUGUUGCCAUGGAUCCCUUGGGCCACCUUGCUCCAUGGAUGUUCAAGGACUACAUCAAGGACGAAAACGUGGAAAUCAGACCAACAAUCGCCAUCACGAAGGCCCACAUGAAGAUCCCAGAGCUAGAGGAGAGCGUUCGCAAAGGGAGACUAGUACCGGACGGUAAGAUCUGUCUCAACGAGACAGGCGAGCUCGCGGUGACAAAAUUCGCGGUGGAGCCCGUGUGGUACCUACCGGGUGUCGCUGAACGCUUCGGAAUCGACGAGGGCACCCUCAGGCGAUCGCUGUUCGAGCACACGGGUGGCAGCUACCCAGAAUUGAUCACAAGAAACGACAUCAAAUUGUUCAUGCCACCAAUAGGCGGACUGACAGUGUACUGCUUUGGCGACCCUGAAAAGAUGAGCAAUCCGGAUGUCAAGCUCGCACUCCGAGUUCACGACGAGUGCAAUGGCUCAGAUGUAUUCGGGUCUGACAUUUGCACCUGCAGACCGUAUCUUAUCUUCGGCAUUGAAGAGGCGGUAAAAGAGGCGCAGAAAGGCGGCAGCGGCGUUGUCAUCUACUUUCGUAAGGAGGGUCGCGCAUUGGGCGAGGUCACCAAGUACUUGGUGUACAAUGCUCGUAAGCGUGGGCUUGACCGCGCCUCGGAAUACUUCAAGCGCACGGAAAACAUCGCUGGUGUUAAGGACAUGAGAUUCCAAGCUCUUAUGCCUGAUAUUCUACACUGGUUGGGAAUCACAAAGAUUGACCGAAUGAUGUCAAUGUCCAACAUGAAGCACGACGCCAUCGUUGAGCAGGGCAUUCCGAUUUACGAGCGAGUCCCAAUUCCGGACGACAUGAUUCCGGAAGACAGCAGAGUCGAAAUUGACGCCAAAAUCCAUGCUGGAUACUUCACCACGGGCAAGAUUAUGACCAUUGAAGAGCUCAACAACGUCAAAGGGCGUGCUUGGGAGGAUGUCGACCAUUGA